AUGUCUCAGCCUCGGAAAUUUGAUCAUGAUUCGCUCUUGACCAACCCCUCGCUCUCAGAGGUUUACCAUAAGUUGGUCGACGUGGCCAGUGAGUUUGCUGUGCUGGGUGAAAUUGAAACCACCAAAAUGUUGGUAUCACUCCUGCUUCGAGAAACCACUUCGGAUUGGCAGCGCAAACAGCUUAAGAACUUCGAACCCUUCUUCGCAGCAGCCAACUUAUGGCCUGAUGAGAUUCCUGAGAAGGAUAGAACGGAGAAGUCGGCCAGCAAGACCGCUACCAAACAUUCGUUAGAUGAUGAAGAGAAUUUGAAGGACAAAAAUGACGAGAAGAAGCUUCAGGAACAGAUGAAACGGGCCAACGACGAGAAAAACUCUAUUGUUGUUGAUGCUCUGCGCACUGCUACAAGACUGGCAUCAAAGCACACUGAAGAUUUACAAGAUAUCAAGAAUGAUUCUGGAGUUCAAAGAGCCCUCGAACUCAUCGCCAAGAAUCUGCACAGAAACCGAAUAAUUCCAUCGCUUGUGGCAUAUCAUGAACUGUGUGGAAUUCUUUCUACUGGGGAAUUGGCUCAAAAAGUUCCGGUCGACAACGAGAAACUCAAAGCUGUUGGCAAAGAAGUCGUCGCAACAUUCUCUGAGCGCUUUACUCAAGGCCGUAAAAAGCAAGAUAUAGAAUCAAAGCCACUGAAAGAAGUCCUUCUGGAACUGGAACGUCACACAAAAGCUAAUGGCACAAGCUAUUGGGAUGAAAUGGAAGAACCAGUUCCAGAAACGCUCUUUGUGUUGCCGCCAGCGACGGAUGAGCAGAUUACAUCGCUUGAGAAAAAACUCGAUAUCACAUUACCAGAUGACUAUAAGGAGUUUCUCAAGAUUAGCAAUGGCUUUGGUGGUACUUGGAACGGCUACCAUCUUGACAAUCCCCUGUAUGGAGUGGAUGACGUCCACUGGGCUGAUGAAGGCUUUGAGGUGCCCUUUGUUGAGCUUCACGACAGUAUUUCAGGCGUCCUAGAACUUAGGAUAAACGACAAGUCCCGGCCUGAAUGGCCGAACUCCGGAACAACAAUUAAUGUUGGAUCUUUGGACAUUCUCAACACUCUUCUUAUUACUCCAAAGAAUACAAAGGCGAUUUUGGAUUCUUAUCAAGAGGCUCUCAAUGACCCAAAGAACGCGGAUGAUGUGAAGAAGCAAACACUGAAGUGUAUUGAAGCUAGAUAUGGCAGUUUGGAAGUGAUGCAAAAGCUCGAGUGGGCAGUGAUUGAACAACAUGACUCUGAGACGCUUCCUUCUGGGACAUUCAGACAAUGUUUGGAAGACAGACUGCGGAGAGCUAAAAGUGGACGUUAUCUGGACAAUACUGACAAAGAGCUAGGAGGUAUUGCCUACAGCUGCAAGGCUGAUGAUUCUUGA